AAGAACGGAAAAAAGAAAGAUUGAAGCGCUCAUGUUUGAUGGUUGUGGGCAAGGCCUUGCACGAGUUUACUGGUUGCCACGGCCACGGAAUCAACAAAGUGGUUUUUGAAUGAAACUCUAGACAGUCAUUCGAGUGGGACAAUGCAGAGGAGAUCGUUUUCACACAAGAGGGUGGAUUCGUUCCAUUCGUUCAAUGCCGCUAAAACAAAAUCUGCGCCACUCAAGAACGAAUGGGGAGAGAACUUCAUUAUGGACAGGUGUGGCCUGCCAUGCGUGCCGUCGCUGAAGGGCCGUGAAAACGUCCAGUUCAUUUCACUUCAACACAAUUUGAUUUGCCGGAUCGAUUCGCUUUCCUCCUUUCGGAUGCUCAAAGUGCUGAACCUCUACGACAACAAAAUCGAACGGAUAUCAGGACUGGACACGCUCGCCUCUCUUCGAGUGUUGAUGCUCGGUAAAAACAGAUUGAAAACGACGGAAGGAUUGGAGUCCUUGCAGAGCCUCGACAUUUUAGACUUGCACGGCAACCAGAUCGCCGCUUUGACGGGCAUGUCACGUCUGCGGACGUUGCGUGUCCUCAAUCUAGCGGCCAAUUCGCUUAAGAAGCUGCCCUCCCUCGAUGGCCUCCUGGCUCUCGAGGAGCUCAACGCCAAACGCAACCGCAUCUGCAAGAUCGUGCCAGAAGUUGCACACGCCAAGCGACUCGAGCGGCUCUACCUGAGCAACAACGAACUACGCCGGCUGGACGACCUGAGCCCGUUGGGUUUGCUCAACGGAUUGAAGGAGCUAUCGCUGGACGGCAAUCCGCUGACUUUCAACGCCAACUACGUCCUGUACGCGGUCAGUUCGAUGCCUUCGCUCGUUUUGCUCGACCAAAAUGUCAUCUCUUGCGGAUUGAGAGGCGAGGCGGAGAACUGGUCGUCUCAGCGCUUGCCGGCCAGCACAGCCAGCAGCCAAAUGGACAAAGUCAACCCGAUUGUGACUGUCCAACACAAGGCUUCUGCUUCUUCCGGCGUUGCAAUCGGUGCGAUCAAGAGCUCCGGCAUGUCCAGCAAGUUCCACCAGCGAAAUGUGGCCGUCGUCCGGCCCAUGAGUACGACUAAUCAGCCGGAACAGGAGCAGCACGAGCCUCCGCCACAUCCGGAAGGUUUGACGGCGCAGGUUGGGAGCCCGCCGAUUGUGAACGAUCCCCCGCCCCGUUGUUCGACUCAGGGGCCGACGGCAUCCGCCAUUAAAUCGUGUUUGGUCAGGAGCGGUGACCAUCCGCGGCGCAAGUCCUUCCGGCAAAUUGCUUUCUCGGCCAUGGUGUGCAACGCCGCAGCGCCUCGUCCGGCCGAUGACAGUCAAGACAAGUCAAGUCAGCCCGUCUUCCGUUUCAGUCUGCGCCCACCCACGGCUGAAUGGAACGAGACAAUCGAACAGCGGACCACCGGAAAGCGAAUCAACAGCAGCGGCAAUUGUAGCAGACGACGCGAUCGAUCGCGUGUCGCCAUCGAGUUUGACGAUUCUUCCAGCUCGUGGAACUCCGAUUCGGACGAUUCGGAUACCGCAUCGACCGCGUCCAACCAGUCGAGGAAGCCGGCCGCCAGGUUGGCUUGUCGCGUCUCGACCGCACCUACGUCCGGCAGCACGGCGAUGAAUUUGACUCGCAGCCUCUCGUCGAGCGCCAACAAAUUCGGCCCGACGUCGUUGGCCAAUCAGAAACUUAGUGCCACCAUAGGAAUGAACAUCAAAGAGCAGUUGCGUGAUUUGCGCAUCAUAGUCGGCGAAGAAGAAGUACACAUCACCGGCAUCAACAUUGUCCGCAUGCUUCAGAACAUGCAAUGGUCGCCGGAUGAAGUGGAACUGUUUCACAUGAUCGUCUUUUACGGGCUCAGUUUCGAUCAGCUGUGCCCUCAUUACGCGUCGCUUCGCAAGCUCUUCCCCAAUUUGCGCAAUUUCGCCUUCCGCAAGAUGGCCAUCCCGCCCACGUUGCGUCAGAUCAACGGCCUGGCCAAAUUGGAAAGCCCGUCGUGGUUUCGGUGGAGCGUCAGCGUCGAGACGCUCGUCCCCACGCCAGAGCCGUUGAGGGCCGCGUGGAGGUUGUACGCCAUUUACCGGUUGCAUCCAUUCGGGUUGGAUCAGAUCGACGGCGAACCGAUUGGACCCGAAGACGUGGCCAAUGCUGAGGAUCACUACGAUACGCUCGAUGCUCUGGUCUUGUUAACAGCGCCAUCAACGGCCAUCCGGAGACAAUUUGAUCGGUUCUACGAUGCUGGACAGACGUCAUCGUCGUCGUCUUCUGGAUCUUCGGACGCCGGCGGGGCUGCCUGCCAACAACAGCAACAAUCACGUGACAACGAGUACAACCUCUUGAUGAGGAAACGAGCCAUUCGUGCCACUUUUCAACCUUUCAAGGAAACGAAGCACUUACGAAAUCGUACAGCGCAUCUGAAAUACAUUGCCGAGUACGGAAUGGAGGUGGCCGUCAAGUUGAGUUUCCUUUCGCAGAACUGGGAACGUCUUUUCAGCGGCAUGGUGGAAACUGCAGCAGACGAAGUGCAAGACGAAGCUGUUUACAAGAGGACCAAGAUGGCUCAGAUGAAGAGCAACACGAAUGCCUGAUUGGGAUAUACAGUUUUUGUUUUUUUAUUUUUUAAGCUAAACAAUAAAAAAAAAUUGACAUAGAAAAUUUGAAAAUCUAGCUGUUGAUUUAUAUGCAAAUUUAUGUGCUUUUUCGUAUUGUUGCUGUGGUUAAUCAUCGUUAUUUUCGACCUUGGAAAAAAACAUGAAAUUACGAAAGAAAAGAAAAAAGAGAGAGACAUAAAAAUAUAUUUAAAAAAAGGGAAAGUUGUGAAAGCGUAAUGUUGGAAGAAGAGAAAUAUACGUGGCAACGCCAAAUGUUCUCUACUUUCUCCCGCCUGUGUUUCUCAGGGUGUGUGUGUGUCUGGUGUGUGUCCAAGCAAAGUAAACACAAAAGAUGGUGGUGAGUUGUGUAUGUCGUAGUGUGCCCUAUGUUACUCCACCCCUGCGCCGCGUUUUGUGUUGAAUUUCAUCGAAACGGUUGCACUGAGAGACGCCAGAAGAAGAAUAACAAGAAAUUCAACUGUUCGAAGAGAGAAAAUCGGAUUGAAGACGGACCACGAUGACUAUCGGCAGGGUAGCGCCAAUCAGCAACGUCGAUCAUCAAUACUGAAAGAAAAGAAAA